UUCUGGAGUGUCGGAUUCUUUGAGAUAUGAUGCCUGCAGUUUCUGGCGAUGCACAGUCCCCUGGAAAUCUGUCAGCUCGAGAACCUUGUCCUGGACUACAUUCUUUCCACGAUCAUGGCGGAUCUGUUCACGCUCACUUUCAAAUUCAGCCUCUCCAGGUGCCCUGCAUCCUUUUGCUUCCUCCUCAUUUGCUCUCACAGCAGAAGCAUCUACAGAAAUCUUUUCAGUCGGAUGGGACAGACAAGGGUUCCUGCACUGAAGUGUUUGGCUCGUUCUCUUCUCUGUGUUGUGCCAAGGCAUUAUCAUUUCUCUCUCUUCUCAGGACCCUACGUCCUCAGGUGAAGGAGGAGAUCAUCUGCAUGAUUCAGAACACUUUCAACUUUAGUCUUAAGCAGUCCAAGCACCUUUUUCAAAUUCUCAUGGAAUGUAUGGUGCACAGGGAUUCUAUGACCAUAUUUGAUGCUGAUUCUGAGGAGUCACCAGACCUUGAUUUAGUAAUCCUAACGGCUCUGCUAAAAGGCACAAAUUUAGCAGCAUCAGAACAAUUAAAUCUGGCAAUGGCUUGGGACAGAACGGACAUUGCCAAGAAACAUAUCCUAACUUAUGGACAACAUUGGAAGCCUGGCACACUGGAGCAAGCAAUGUUAGAUGCUUUGGUGAUGGAUCGAGUGGAUUUUGUGAAGCUCCUAAUAGAAUAUGGAGUGAACCUCCAUCGCUUUCUUACCAUCCCCCGACUGGAAGAGCUCUAUAAUACAAAACAAGGACCCACCAAUAUGCUCUUGCAUCAUCUUGUCCGAGAUGUAAAGCAGCAUGCCCUUCUCUCAGGCUACAGAAUAACACUGAUCGACAUUGGAUUGGUCAUCGAAUACCUCAUUGGUGGAGCUUAUCGCAGCAGCUACACUAGGAAAAGUUUCAGAGCCCUCUACAACAACCUCUACAGAAAACGUAAGGUGCCACAAUUGCAAGUGACCAGUUUUGCUGAAAGCCGUUCCCAGCCCCCUCUGCACCGAAGACGUCCCUCAGGAAAUAGAAAGGAAUCCGCAGAAAGCACUCUGCACUCCCAGUUCAUUAGAACCGCCCAGCCUUACAAAUUCAAGGAAAAGUCUGUAGUCCUUCAUAAAUCAAGGAAGAAGUCAAAAGAAGAGCAAAAUAUAUCCGAUGACCCUGAGUCUACUGGCUUUAUUUACCCUUACAAUGACCUAUUGGUUUGGGCUGUGCUCAUGAAAAGACAGAAGAUGGCCAUGUUCUUCUGGCAGCAUGGAGAGGAGGCCACGGUCAAGGCAGUGAUUGCUUGUAAACUCUACCGAGCCAUGGCCCAUGAAGCUAAGGAGAGCAACAUGGUGGAUGAUGCCUCAGAAGAGUUGAAAAAUUACUCAAAACAGUUUGGCCAGCUUGCCCUGGAUGUGUUGGAGAAGGCAUUCAAGCAGAAUGAAAGAAUGGCCAUGAAACUGCUGACCUACGAACUCAAGAACUGGAGCGAUUCCACCUGUCUGAAACUGGCCGUGUCUGGAAGGUUGCGGCCCUUCGUUUCACAUACUUGCACCCAGAUGCUGCUGACAGACAUGUGGACUGGGCGCCUGAAAAUGAGGAAACAUGCUUGGCUAAAGAUCAUCAUAAGUAUUCUUUUUCCACCCACCAUUUUGUCAUUGGAAUUUAAAAGCAAAGCAGAGAUGUCACAUGUUCCCCAAUCCCAGGACUUCCAGUUUGCGUGGUAUUAUGGUGACCAGAACGCCAGCAAUGCCAAAGAAAGUGCUUAUACGAAAGACCGUGAUUUGGAGAGAGGCCCUGAUGAGAAACUAGAUGAAAAUCAGCACCUUGAUUUAAAGAGUGGUCCCCAAAGCCUCCCAUGGACCAGGAAAAUCUAUGAGUUCUACAAUGCUCCAAUUGUCAAGUUUUGGUUUUAUACGGUCUGUAUUUCCGAACCUGGGAAGUUUACUCAAAAGGUGAAGGUAUGGAUUAGUGAGUACUGGAACCUAAUAGAAACUGUGGCUAUUGGCCUGUUUUCAGUUGGUUUUGGCCUUCGGUGGGGCGACCCUCCUUUGCACACAGCGGGAAGACUAAUCUACUGCAUAGACAUCAUAUUCUGGUUCUCACGGCUCCUGGACUUCUUUGCCGUGAAUCAACACGUAGGUCCAUAUGUGACCAUGAUUGCAAAAAUGACCGCAAACAUGUUCUACAUUGUGAUCAUGAUGGCCAUCGUCCUGCUGAGCUUUGGAGUGGCACGCAAGGCCAUUCUUUCACCAAAGCAACCGCCAUCUUGGAGCCUUGCUCGAGAUAUUGUAUUUGAGCCAUACUGGAUGAUAUAUGGAGAAGUCUAUGCUUCAGAUAUAGAUGUUUGUGCAAGCCAUCCGUCUUGCCCUCCUGGUUCUUUUCUUACUCCGUUCCUCCAAGCUGUCUACCUCUUCGUGCAGUAUAUCAUCAUGGUGAACCUGUUGAUUGCUUUUUUCAAUAACGUUUACGUGGAUAUGAAAUCCAUUUCCAAUAAACUAUGGAAGUACAACCGCUAUCGCUACAUCAUGACUUAUCACAAGAAGCCUUGGCUGCCACCACCUUUCAUCCUGCUGAGCCAUGUGGGACUCCUCCUUCGCCGUCUUUGCCAUCAUCGAGCUCCAAACGACCAAGACGAGGGUGAUGUUGGAUUAAAACUCUACCUGAGUGAGGAGGAUCUGAAGAGACUUCACGACUUUGAAGAACAGUGUGUGGAAAUAUACUUCCACGAGAAGAUGGAAAGACUGAAUUACAGCUGUGAGGAACGAAUCCGAGUCACCUCAGAAAGGGUUACAGAGAUGUACUUCCAGCUGAAAGAAAUGAAUGAAAAAGUGUCUCUUAUAAAGGACUCCUUACUGUCCUUGGACAGCCAAGUGGGACACCUGCAGGACCUCUCUGCCCUAACGGUGGAUACCCUAAAAGUCCUUUCUGCUGUUGACACCUUACAAGAGGAUGAGGCUCUCCUGGCCAACAGAAAGCAUUCUACUUGCAGAAAACUUCCCCACAGCUGGAGCAAUGUCAUCUGUGCAGGGGUUCUAGGCAGCAUGGAGAUCUCUGGGGAGAAGAAAUAUCAGUAUUAUAGCAUGCCUCCUUCUUUGCUGCGGAGCCUGGCCAGAGGUCAGCAUACCCUGAGAGUACAGAGGGGACCCCUUCUUGAGAUUACAGACAUUCAGGGAAAGGCUUCAAAUGUAAGAGAUGGGCGGGAAAAGCAAGACACGGAAACUAGUGUAGUUGCUUCUGGAGUGUCCCUUUACACACAAACACACCCAAAGCAUGGCCAGUUUCUUCUGGUCCCCUCUUAUCUAAAGCAAGUUCCUUUUUCUGAGGAAAUUGACUUGCCCCUGUUCAGACCAUCUAUGGAAGCAGGUAUAGAUGUGAUGGCAACUGAACAGGUCGCCCAGAAUGAGGUCCCUGUUCAUCUGACUUGGCAGACCCCAGGUAUCUCAGCUCAGGGCUCAGUGGCUGAACCCAAGGAACAGUACGAGUCAAUUGCUCACACACCAGCCAGAGAAGACAAGGGGGAGCAAGUUCCACCCACUUUGAUUUGCACACCAGCACCCACGCAAGUGACCUCCCUCCCUUCUCAAGCCGAGAGCAUGCCGGUUGGAGGUGGAUAUGUGAACUGGGCAUUUUCAGAAGGUGAUGAAACUGGUGUGUUUAGCAUCAAGAAAAAAUGGCAAACCUGCUUGGCCUCCACUUGUAGCGGUGAGGAGAAUGACCAAUGCCAGAAGCAGAUCCGGGCCAGAUCCCUGUCUGAUAACUCAUCAAGCUUGGCCCAGAGUAGCGAUUGCUCAGAAGUGGGACCAUGGCUGCCGCCAAACACAUCCUUUUGGAUCAAUCCUUUCCGCAGAGAUAGGCCCUUCACUCGGAGUCAUAGUUUGAGAUUCCACAAGGAGGAGAAACUGAAGAUCUGUAGGAUUAAAAAUCUUUCAAGAUCCUCAGAGAUCAGGCAGUCAGCAUGGAUCAGGACAAAAAUGCUAAUCAAGGAUAGGAGGUUGUCAAAGAAAAAGAAGAAAACACAAGGGCUACAGGUGCCAGUCAUAAUGGUUGAUACCUGCUCCCCAAACGACCAGUUGAAUUCUGAGCCAGGAGAAAGUAACAUCUCAGAAGAAGAGGAGUGCAGCAAGAACUGGCUUACGGUGUCCAAAUAUAGUCAGAUAAGUCUAGAACCCCCUAUAUAUCAGAAAAUGAAAACUAAAGAAAUUGAACGGCAUGCUGUACAAGUCAGUGAUUAUCUAAAGCAGUCUCAAGAGGAUCUGAGCAAAAACUCCUUGUGGAGCUCCAGGAGCACCAGCUUCAAUAGGAACUCCCUGUGAGUAUUUCUAAAUGUAUGUUUUUAAAGCAUCUUUGGCUUCUUUUUUCUUUAACAUGAUUGGGAACAAAGGUUUCAUCGGGUCAGGAAAAGAGGGGGAAAAACGUGUUUGCAAUGAUAGUAUUUUUCUCUUGGUAGCAAGAAGGAAAAUCACUUAUUCUCCAAGUUUUCCCAUUUCUGGCACUAAGAUCUCACCUCAGUGCCUUUUAAGAAUAUAAUGAAACACAUAUUACCACAGCAGAUUAAACAUUUGCCUUUUCAGUGUCAAAAAAAGCACAUGCAGAAUAAUGAGUAUCCCAACUUCUCUGACAGAUAAGAUUGUGAAAUUUGCGUUCAAGAGUAAGGACAAAUCUGUCUGGCCUAAAGAAAAAGACUGAAAACCUGGUAGUUUUCUCUUUAGAUUUUUUUUCAGAUUGUUAAUUUUAGUUUAUGAGGUUUAUCAUUUUUAUUUUUGGUUUCUCAUGAACAUCCUAAGUGUCUAUCAAAGCAGUAACUCUUUGAGAAGGAUGGAGACGUAGCAAAGGGAAGAUAGGGGUCGGGAGAGAGAGAGAGAGAAAGAG